GAUUUUGGCAACUUUUUGCCUAUUUUGGGGUUGAAUUUUUGCGGAGAAAGGGUUUAGUUUGAAAAAGGUGGGAUUUUUACCCUGUUUUUUGUUCAGUUUUGAUGAAUUUGUGGUUUGGAGGUGAAAAGGUCGAAUCCUGUGAUGUGUUGUUGGUGAUUUGAAGCUGUUUGAUUUGGUUUGUGAGGCAAUAGUAGCUUAAAUACUUGCUCCUAGGGUUUGGUUGUUUAGGGUUAGGGAGAAGGAAAGAGAGAGAAAUGGCAGAAACCCUAGAUGGGAAUAGUUGGCAAGAGAUGUUAAGGAGGAUUCUUCCUCCCGGAACCCCGAUUCCCGAAGCCCCUGCCAAUCUCGAUUACUCUAUCGCACUCGAAUACGACGGCCCCCCGGUCUCCCAUGAGCUCCCGAGGGUCGAUCCCGUCGAUUUGAAUCCCUCAUCAAUCCCUACUGCUGAACCUGUUUCCGAAUCCCAGAGGCCCGCAAAUGGUUUCGCGCUGCCUGUGAUCGAUCCUAUACCUUUGCCCGUGCCCCGGAUCGCCAAAUGUGCUAAACCCUCGUCGGAUAGCCCCCCGGCAUCGGGGGGAAGCUCCGGGUCUGUGAAUUCGGUCCUGCACAACCCCGAAUUCUCUGACGGUGUGUCCCGUUCAGAGUCCCAUGGCUCCGCCCGCAGCUCUCCUGGGCCGAACACUAACCGGCCCGCGAACGAGCCGAAAAGAGCUUCAGUGGUCACUUUCGGCGGCGACAGUAAGUAUGAAGCUAAGGAGUUCGACGAAAUGUCCGAGCCGCCUCACUAUGUUGCGGUAUCGAGAACAGAGAAGAGGAGGAGGGUUUGCUACAGAUGCGGCAAGAGGAAGUGGGAGAGUAAGGAGUCAUGCCUCGUGUGCGACGCCAGGUACUGCAGUUACUGCGUGCUCAGGGCGAUGGGCUCAAUGCCGGAGGGGCGGAAGUGCGUGGGCUGUAUAGGCCAACCGAUCGAUGAGUCGAAGCGGUCGAAAUUAGGGAAGAGUUCGAGGAUCUUAUCGCGCUUGUUAAGCCCGUUGGAAGUGAGGCAGAUACUGAAGGUCGAGAAGGAGUGUCCGGCCAACCAGCUCCGGCCCGAACAGCUUGUCGUGAAUGGGUAUCCAUUAAGGCCGGAAGAGAUGGGUGAUUUACUAAGUUGCCCGUUACCUCCACAGAAAUUAAAGCCGGGGAGGUACUGGUAUGACAAAGAAUCAGGUUUAUGGGGAAAGGAAGGGGAAAAGCCAGAUAUGAUCAUUAGUAGUAAUUUAAAUUUUACCGGGAAGCUUCACCCUAAUGCUAGCAACGGCAACACCCAAGUAUAUAUCAAUGGCAGGGAAAUCACAAAAUUGGAAUUGAGGGUGCUAAAGAUUGCAGGUGUGCAAUGCCCGCGUGAUACGCACUUUUGGGUUUAUGAUGAUGGCCGUUACGAAGAGGAAGGCCAAAAUAAUAUCAGGGGGAAAAUCUGGGAGUCGGCAUUUACACGUUUGGCGUGCUCCUUGUUCUCGCUACCUGUGCCCCAACAAAACACGCAAGGACUAAGAGAUGAAGCUCUCUAUCCUCCUAGAACUGUUCCGGAUUACUUGGAGCAAAAGAGAAUCCAAAAGCUUUUACUACUUGGCCCUCAGGGAUCUGGGACUAGCACCAUAUUUAAGCAGGCCAAGUUUUUGUAUGGAAGUAAGUUCACUCAAGAAGAACUUGACAGCAUCAAAUUGAUGAUACAAAGCAAUAUGUUCAAAUAUCUGGGUGUUUUGCUUGAGGGUCGUGAGCGCUUUGAGGAAGAGGCAUUGUCUAGGUUGGGAAAUACAAACUCGCAUGAUCAGCAUACCUCAGAGGAUGCAGAUGAGCAUGAAGCUGAUGAUAGAUCAAAUUCAUGCAUAUACUCGAUCAAUGCGAGGAUGAAAAAGUUCUCCGACUGGCUUCUAGAUAUCAUAGCAAUGGGGGACUUGGAUGCAUUUUUCCCUGCUGCAACGCGUGAAUAUGCUCCAUUUGUUGAUGAGAUGUGGAAAGAUCCAGCCAUACAGGAAACUUAUAAGAGAAAGGAUGAGUUGCAUUUUCUUCCUGAUGUUGCCGAGUACUUCUUAAGUCGGGCGAUUGAGGUGUCAAGCAAUGAGUAUGAGCCAACUGAGAAAGAUAUCUUAUAUGCGGAAGGAGUGACUCAAGGAAAUGGACUGGCCUUCAUUGAGUUCUCACUCGAUGACCCCAGCCCAAUGUCCGAAACAUACAAUGAUAAUAUGGAUACGCAUUCCCAGCCGCUCAAUAAAUACCAGCUUAUCAGAGUAAGUGCAAAGGGGAUCAGUGAGGGGUGCAAGUGGGUCGAGAUGUUUGAGGACGUCCGCGCUGUUAUAUUCUGCUUGGCGCUUAGCGACUACGACCAGCUCGGAGCCCCUGCCUGCGGCAGCAAUAAGCCGCUCCAGAAUAAGAUGAUGCAAAGCAGGGAGCUAUUCGAGGCCACAGUCAGGCAACCUUGCUUCCGAGACACCCCGUUCGUGCUUGUGCUGAACAAGUACGACCUCUUCGAGGAGAAGAUCAGCCGCGUGCCGCUGUCCACGUGCGAGUGGUUCGACGACUUCUGCCCCGUCCGCACCCACCACAACAACCAAGCCCUCGCCCACCAAGCGUACUUCUACGUCGCGAUGAAGUUCAAAGACCUCUACUUCUCCCUCACGAAUCAGAAACUGUUCGUGUGGCAAGCCCGGGCCCGCGACCGCCCCUCGCUCGACGAGGGGUUCAAGUACAUCCGAGAGGUGCUCCGGUGGGAGGAGGAGAAGGACGAGAAUUACUACCAGGAGGACUCAUUUUAUAGUACCACUGAGUUGAGCUCCUCACCAUUCAUCAGGCCAGAAUAAUAGUAGUAAUAAUAAUAAUUACAACAACAACAACAACAACAACAACAACAACAGCAACAAGCACUACCAAGAGGGAGAAUGGAAGUUUUUUAGGUUUCGUCCUCGAGUUUUCGAUUAUUGUGGAGGAGGGGCUUGUGAGUGACUGAUCUUAUAGCAGGGAUCAUAAAUAAUUGUAUAUUAUUAACAAAGUCUUUCAGCUUAUUUGAUGUAUCUUCUGUGUGAUUUUAAUUGAAGUAGUGGUGUAUGUGCAUUUUAUUCUAUUUUUUUUGCGAUGUCGAAGAGAACAUUGUGUUGCAUUUUUUUUUCUUUUUUUUUUCCCUUCAUCUUUUGGUAUAUGGAAAUAUUAAGAAGAGUUAAUGUUGUAGUGAAUCUAGUAUCAAA